AUGGCCGACGUUGCCGAGCCGAGUGGCGAUGCGCAGGUUACCUUCAAGGUCAAGACGUCUUCGGACCGCAACCAUACCCUCACCAUGGCCGAAUCAGCAACGGUUCUGGAACUCAAGACCAAGCUGGCUGGCGAGGAGUUCGAGAACAUACCCAUCGAAAGGCAACGGCUCAUCUACUCGGGGCGCGUCAUGAAAAAUGACGAUACCCUUGGCACCUACAGGAUAAAGAACAACAACACCAUCCACAUGGUCAAAAGUGCUGCGAGCAACCCAGCCCAGACCUCGGCUUCCGGCCCGACCCCAAGGGCUGUCCCGGAGAGCAUCUCAGCAGGCACCAACCCCAGCGACCCCUUGGCUGGUCUUACUGGCGCUCGCUACGCCGGCCAUCAAAUCAACCUGCCCGGGAUGGACAUGUUUGGACCGGAUGGUGGUAUGGGCCCUCCUAUGGACGAGGAACGUAUUCAGCGCAUGAUGUCGGACCCAAAUGUUCAGCAGUCCAUGAACGAAGCCUUAAGCAACCCUGACUUUGUCAACAUGCUCAUCGAGUCGAAUCCCAUGCUUCGAAACAUGCCCAAUGUCCGGGAGAUUAUAUCCUCACCGUUCAUGCGACAGAUGUUGACCGACCCCCAGAUGAUGAGCCAAGCUAUGCGCAUGCAACAAAACAUGCGUGGCAACGAGUCCUCCUUUCCUGCGCCGGGAGCCACUGACACAACGCCCACUGGCGCUACGGCCGGCAGUGCGUCGGACGGUGUGAAUACCGAUCAGCAGCAGAACUUGUUGAUGAAUCCCUUCAUGAUGCCCGGCAUGAUGGGGAGCGCUGCAGGUAACAAUGGCCCGAAUGACAUCAACAUGGCUCAAAUGCUUCAAACCCUAAGCAGCAUGGGCAUCAAUCCCGUGGCUGCUCCGGCAUCAACCGCACGCUCGGGCACUCCUGGCGACGGGCAAGGAAACGCUCAAGGAUCGCAGCCUCACGAUGCCCAGAAUGCUCAGAACAGCCAGGGUGCAGCCAAUCCCUUUGCGGCUCUGUUCCCUCAAGGUGGGGGCAACGCCGCCAACAUUUUCGGAAUGAGUCCCGAGAUGAUGCAGCAAAUGAUGCAGAUGCUGGGCGGCGCCCCUGCGCCUACUUCGCCGCCCGACGACCGACCUCCCGAGGAGAGAUACGCAGAGCAGCUCCGCCAAUUGAACGACAUGGGGUUUUACGACUUUGACAGAAACAUUGCCGCCCUUCGACGGAGCGGAGGUAGCGUGCAAGGAGCCGUGGAGCACCUGCUGAGUGCUACUGAUUAG